CACGACGAGAGGCUCGGAAGUCAAUACGCUGCGCCUGCGCACUUUUGAGGAAAUAGUGUGGUUUUUUUUCUCUUCCUCCCUCCACCCGUCUUCUUGUUCGGUUCGCGGUGAGUGAGAAGCAGGGCGUAGCGGGAAAAUAAAAGACUUCGUGUGCCGUUUGUCGACAAUAUACGCACCAUGUCUGAUGAAGGAAAACUUUUUGUUGGUGGACUCAACUUUGACACAGACGAGCAAUCACUGGAGCAGUUAUUUUCCAAGUACGGAGAAGUUCGUGAUGUCCUUGUGAUCAAAGAUAAAGAGACACAGAAAUCCAGAGGAUUUGGUUUUGUUACUUUUGAAAAUCCUGAUGAUGCAAGAGAUGCCUUGGCCAUGAAUGGAAAGUCCGUUGAUGGUCGACAAAUUCGAGUAGACCAGGCAGGAAAAGGCUCUGGAGGACGAUCUAGGAAUUAUCAAAGUGGGCAGUCGCGAGGUUAUGGAUUCCGUGGCGGGAGAAGCAACCGUGGAUUUUACAGAGAUGGUGACAGAAGUGGGCGAAGCAGUUACGGAAAUGACUACUAUAAUAGGAGUCAAAAUUCUAGCAGCUAUGGCUAUAACAGCUCAGUUGGAAGGUCAUACCGAGAUGAUUAUGACAGUUAUGCUACAAAUGAAUAAUCAAUCUCCUUGAAUCAAGAUCAUCCUCCUUUUGGCCCUUGAGUUUUGGAACUACAGAAAGCAGUUGUCUUCUGAACUUGUCUGUUUUAAUAUUAUCAAAAUUAUUGACAGUCUGAUAGCUUCUGACUUGAAUGUGCAUUUACUUUUAGGUCAAAAAAGACCUAUUCAGCCUAUUUAUUUUAAAAGGUUUUCACUUUCAGGUCUGUAAAGAACAGACUCGGUCUAACUUUUAUCUUGUUGAAAUCCUCAAUCAGUUUUGCUCUUAGUCCUGCAGUUUGUUUUUUUUUUUGCAGUAUUUUGAUAUUUCUCUUUAUCUCUCCCCUCUGCUGGCCACAAAAAUAAACACCAAUUUGAGCUAGAUCACAAAAGCUGUGCAUGCUGCAGAGUAUUGACUUUUUCAAGCUUAUUUUGAAAUACAAUUAUAUGCAGAUUGAUUUCCUGAUGGUAAAUCAGCAUUCAGUCAUUCUGCUUGUCAUUAGAAAGUAACUUGUAGUGGAAUGUUCAAACUGCUGGAUCUUGAGUAUUUCGCAUUUGAGUCUGUUAAUAUACAAUUUACAGAAAAACAUUCAUUUUCAAUCUAAUGUAGGAGGUUUGUUUUUGAAAAAUUAUAUACUGGUAAAGUUGGCCAUUUGUUCAUGCUGUAUUUCGUGCAAGGAUGAAACAAUUUUUUUGUAUAAACUUGGCUUUUUGGAAACUGAUUAAAGAACCUUGCCCAAA